AUGGCCGACGAACCACGAAGAUCGGGGCGAGCCACCAAAGGCCAGCACAAGAAUCUUGAGCUCGUUCAAGACAUUCCCGCAAAGAAAGGCAAAAAGGGUCAGUCCAAGGAGAAGUCCGCAAAGCCCUCUGUCGAGCCCACCCCGACUCCAAGCGAAGGAAACGAAGAGGAAAUCAUUCGAUGUAUAUGUGGCGAAUAUGAGGAGGAAGAGGAUAUUGAGAGAGAUAUGAUCUGCUGCGAUCAGUGCUCGGCAUGGCAGCACAAUGACUGCAUGGGUUUGACCUUUGCUAAGGGUGAGGAGCCUGAAGAAUACUAUUGCGAACAGUGCAAACCCGAAAAUCACCGGGAACUCUUGGAGAAGAUGGCGCGGGGUGAGAAACCAUGGGAAGAAGCUGCCCGACGACGACAGCAGGAGAUAGAAGAAAAAAAGGCUGCGAAACGGAAAAAGGGCAAGAAAGGCAAGAAGGGUGGUGCGAGACCCAGCGAUAUUAAACCCGAGACUAGUGCGCCGUCAACACCUGCUGCGUCAGAAACACCUGCUGCGCCAUCCGUAUCCAGGCCUUCGGUCGAUGACAAGACUCCUGCUCCUGCUCCUGCUCCUAGUGAGACAACCACCAACGCAAAGGGUGUCAGUACUCAAAAGCGAAAGUUCGACGAACACCAAGAGCCAUUUACGCCAGAAGCUGGCCCUAAACAAAAACAGCAACGACUAUCAGAACCGAGGAAGUCCGUUGAUAAAACGGCCAAGGCCUCCCCUUCCGAGUCGCAAAAGCCUAGCAUAAUCGAGUUACGGACUGGGGUGGCUGAGAAGCCUGAAGAUAUCAGUAGUGCAGCUCGCAGAAGAGCCGCAGAUGCCUUGGUUGGUAUAUUCAAAGAGCAGGUGACCUCAGCCCAGAAGCAAGCUGCUUACAGUGUUCCACCCGAAAAGACGGAGGAAGAUGUUGCCCGUCCUCUGGGUCUCUCUGUUGAACACGCGAUGUAUGUGAAUCUAUGUGGUGGAUCUGGGGAGCCGAACGACGCCUACAAAAACCAGCUGCGUUCGAUCAUGUUUAAUGUAAAGGCCAAUUCUUCGCUACGGGACCGGCUACUCAGUGGAAGUCUUGCUCCUUCUACACUUGCCACGAUGUCCUCUCAAGAUAUGGCCAGCGAGGAGCAACAGCAGAAAGAUGCAGAAAUAAAGAGGGCGGCAGAAAAGCAGCACAUUAUCAUGCAGGAACAAGGGCCACGGAUCAGACGUACGCACAAGGGCGAGGAGGUUAUCGAAGGUGAUGGCGAAACAGGGACAUCCGAGUCAAUAUUUUCAUCUACUGCUGUACGUCGUCCUACUCUUGAUGCCGAGAAUGCUAUCCCUGAGAGCCCGACUGGCUCGAAGGUGUCACAGCCAUCAGCCGAACCCACAGGAAAGCCUUCAGUUGAAACGCACGUUGUAUCGAACGGCGAUGCCAACCGUUCCCACUCUCCCGGAUUUCCAACUCAGGAUGGCCUGUUUCCCGAGGUACCUGCUCAUUUACACCAGCCUCUACCUGUAGGUGCAAAAGUUCAAGCCGACGAAGAAAUUGACAAGCUAUUAAAAGACGAGGAUGUAGAAUCCCCUCCCUACUCACCAAAAGAUCUCCAUGCUGGAAGUGAUAUCUGGUUUGGCAAGCUAAGCAUGAGCGCCAUUGCGGAGUUUAGAUCGGUCGGUAGGCAUAUUGCUGGUGCGGAUCUCAGCGGCAAGAUACCUUGGAGUCGGUUAGCACCUACGUCUCUUGUGGUGGAUGGCCGAAUUGAUAUCGAGCUCGCUAGCGACUAUCUCUGUGGUUUGCGAUUCAGCAAUUCAACUGAUGUGACCGUAAUGGCGAUAUCCGCUCCUCAUCAACCGAAUGACCGUGCAGGAUUUGAUAAGUUAUUCAACUAUUUCACAGAACGGAAAAGGUACGGCGUGGUGGGUAAGCAUCCGUUAGCAGCGGUCAAAGACAUUUACGUGAUUCCAGUCGAGGCCGGAUCAAGCGGAAAGCCUGAGUUCAUUCAGUUGUUGGAGAAUAAUACGCUCGAAGACCCGACCCCCGAUCGAGUAUUGCUCAUGGCUUUUGUAGUGAAAACCAAGGAGUCUACACCUUCAGAACAAGCAACACCUUACCAUUCUGGUCAGGCAGCACAGAUGGCCAUUGCUAGCCCUCUGGGUACUACACCUUUUACUCAAGGUCAUCAGCAGCAGCAGCAAUUCGCUUCUCCUACACCAGGAUCACGACAGGGCUCACAGACGACUCCAUCCGGUAAUUUUGCCGGAUCACCGCCUUUGAAUGGGAAUGGCCACCCUGUUCCUCAAUUACCUCCACAGCAAAUCCCAAAUGUUCCAAGUUCUCAAAUUCAGCCGCCACAGCAGAAACAAAUACCAACGGCGUUUCCUUCCCAGCAACCUUUACUAGUUGGACCUGCCGCUGCGGCUCAUGUGCUUGGUCCUCAAGCGAAUGCGCCUGCAAUCCAAGAGCUUUUACAAAAAGCACCCUCGGCAGACGUUGCGCAAUUGAACAUUGUCCGAGAAAUAAUCACUCGAAAUCCGGCGGCUGCAAAUGACUAUCCUGUUUUGAUGAAUGCUAUCCAGCAGUAUACCUCAACAACUCGGAACGGUCAGCCAUCUGGAGUAUGAGUGUGGCAAUAAGCAGGAGUAUCCGGGCGAUGACUAGAGAGGUUCUUUUUUUUAACAGGCGGGAAUGCUAUUAUCUGAUGCUUAACGCUUUUUGCUUUGUUUGCUAGCGAUGAAAGUCUGAGUAUGAUAUCCCUAUUCAAAUUCUCAUGUCUUCAAUCUUCUUUUCCUUAUGUUUUGACUCUUGGUCUUCCUUGUCAAUGAGGUCGUUUCUUUAGUCUGCUUUCCUUACACAUUAUGCGAUGUUGCUGGGCUGCGCAGGUUAUGAAUAAUGUGUAUAGCACAUUGAAUCAUUUGUACUUGACUACAGUUGUACCUAACUACCUAAAAGGAAGUGGUCUAUAAGAUACUGUUCAAGG